UGACGAAUAGGAUCAAUGUGGUCACGUCUCUACAUGAUUGGUCUGACCCUUUACUUUAAUCAUUCAUUUUUGUCCCGUAUUUAUGGACCAGCAGAGACGAGAGACUUCAUAAACAGAAGAAGAAAAAGAGAAGAGGGGAGAUUCAUGGAAGAUCUCGAUUACUUGCUGGUUCCUUUAGGGCUAGCGCUGUUUAUUGUAUAUAAUGCUUGGCUUCUCGUCACCAUAAUACGAAAUCCUAAGCGAACUGUUAUUGGCCUUAAUGCUGAAAGCCGUCGCGAAUGGGCAUUCUCCAUGAUGGCUGAUCCUCUGAAGAAUGGGGUUUUGAUAGUUCAAACUAUUCGCAACAAUAUAAUGGCAUCUUCUCUUAUGGCAACAGCAGCAAUCACACUUUGUUCACUGAUCAGUGUUCAAGUUAGUAGUAAAUCAGGUUUAUCAAGUUUGUCAACAGAAAUGGAGAAAGGGUACAAAAAUUUUGCAGCUUCUUCUUCAGUCAAGUACCUAGCUAUCUUGCUUUGUUUUUUAUUGGCUUUUCUUUGUAAUGUGCAAUCAGUUAGAUAUUAUGCCCAUGUUAGCUUCUUGGCUACUUUGCCCACAUCAAAAGGUACAAGGGAAUCAAUUGAAUAUGUUGCAUCUAACUUGAAUCGUGGUGCCUACUUUUGGUCACUUGGUUUAAGAGCAUUCUACUUGUCGUUUCCUCUAUUCCUUUGGGUAUUUGGUGCUAUACCCAUGUUUGUAGGGUGUUGUGUUAUGUCGUUUGUUCUUUAUUUCUUGGAUACAACUUUCAGAUGCAAUAUGGAUCUUCAUAACAAAUCCAUGUAUGAUGAAAGUAAAGCUAAUGAUGUGGAGGGUGCUCACCAUUCAGUGCAAACAGAACAAUUUGAAGAUUUAAAUAUCAGGUUCCCCUUACUAAACGGUCAGACCCAAGUUCAACCUUCUGUUUUUUCUUGAUGAAUUUCCAUUGUGAGCAGCGUGUACCAACCAGACAUGGUGAAUAAACCAGAUACAUGGUAGUGUAUCCUUGGUGGUUAGACAUAUUCCGAAUUUCUAUGGAUGCAUUUCAGUGCUCAUCGUCCAAGUUAUUUAGAAAAGUAGUAAGAAGAAGACUUACUUUGGUCAAUCUUUGCAUCUUUCCAUUGUUCUAAUGUAUAGUAGUUGUUUUCAUCACUGUCAUUGUAACUUUCUUUUUUUCUUGGCUAAUAACACAUAAUUUUGUAUCCAAUUCAUCUCAUUUAUUUGAGUAAAUUGGUUGUGGAUGUGGA